AUGCCGGCUCGCCCACCUUACAAUGGUGACCAACGCAAGCUCGUUCUUGGAAUCGACAUAGGGACAACAUUUUCGGGCAUCUCCUACUGCGUGCUCGAGCCUGGUCGGGAGCCAGAUAUUGUACCGGUGACAAGAUUUCCGCUUCAGCCGACCCUUGGUGGAGACUCGAAGGUGCCCACCAUUGUCUAUUACGACAAGCGUGGUCAGGCAAAAGCUUUUGGUGCUGAAGCUAUGGACGAAAGCAUUAGAGAGACGGCUAUCAAGCAGGCAUGGGAGAUGGUAUCGUGGUUCAAGCUUCAUAUGCGACCAAAUUCUGUGGCAAUCACCAGUCCAGGGCGCGACUUUCCACCGCUUCCCACGAACAAACUUGCGGUGGAUAUCUUCAGCGACUUCCUCCGAUAUGUGUUCCGCUGUGCCCGAACCUUUAUCAUCGAACAUAUUCCUGGCGGCGAGCUAAUGUGGACGACGUUUGAAGACAGCAUUGAGUUUGUGGUGACACAUCCCAAUGGCUGGGAGGGCGAGCAACAGGCCGACUUGCGCCAGGCUGCAGUCAACGCGCGCCUCGUGCCCGAUAGCUCCCGAGGGCAUCGAAGACUCCACUUCGUGACGGAGGGAGAAGCAAGCCUUAACUUCUGCAUCGUGAAUGGACUUGCGACUAAUCCUUUGAACGCGGGGAAGGGAGUCAUAAUCGUCGAUGCAGGAGGCGGAACCAUUGACAUCAGCGCUUAUCGUAAGACCUCUUCGCCGGGUAAACGCUCCACAUUUGAGGAAAUCGCCCAGACCGCAUGUCUCAUGGAUGGCUCUGUUUUCGUCACAAAGAACGCUCGCGAGUAUCUGAACGUCGUGUUACGCAAUUCCAAGUACCACGAGGCCGUUGACGAGAUUGCGGAGUGCUUUGAUCAAACCACGAAGCUCAAGUUCAGAGAGCCGAGCGAGAUGUCGUACAUCCGUUUUGGGACUUUGCGGGACAAAGAUGCGGCGUUUAACAUUUUUAACGGGCAGAUGAAGCUGCCCGGAACCGUCGUUGCGGCCUUCUUUCAACCGUCAAUUGACGCAAUUGUUCAGGCCAUUGCCAUUCAACAGUCGUCGGCCAAAGUUCCGAUAUCGGAUGUUCUCCUCGUUGGUGGGUUUGCCGCCAGUGAUUGGCUCCAUUCCGAGCUUAAGCGUCGACUGGCCCCCAUGAACCUCGUUGUCUCGCGUCCAGAUGCCCAUGUAAACAAGGCUGUUUCUGAUGGCGCAGUCUCCUUCUUCAUUGACCGUUUUGUCAAGUCACGGAUCGCCAAGGAUUUCUAUGGGAUUAUGAUGUAUACCUCAUACGAUGAGUAUGACGUUGAGCAUUGUAGGCGCUCAGAGACACGAUUUGUGAACGACGCCGGACGACUGUCCAUCGGCGGCCAAUUCCGCGUGAUUUUAGCACGAGGUACUAGCGUCAGGGAGACACAAGAGUUUCGCGGGGCUUUUUCGCGCUUAGCGACUGAGGUUUCCCACCUUACUUCAAUUGAGGUGGACCUUCUUCGAUAUCAGGGGAAGAACUCCAAACCACGAUGGCGCGACGUGGAGCCCGAGAAAUAUCAGACAAUGUGCGGCAUCCACGCCCAUACACACCAAGCCGCUCAGAGCCUCCGCCCUCAAUUUGGGCCCAGGGGAAUGUACUACCGAUUCAGUUUCGAGGUGGUGUUUUCGUUCGGCACGACAGAGUUAAAGGCCCAGAUCGCGUGGAAAGAAGAUGGCGUCGAAAAACGGUAA